GACAAGGUAGUUUAUACCAAAAUUUAUCUUGUAAGCUUACACAAAAAAAUAUCAAGAAUUCACAUGUGGAAUCUGAUUGUUUUAAUCUAAAAUUUUAAUUUUCAAGACUAUGAACCAGCAACGAAGAAAUAAUUAAUUAAUAAAUAAGAAACAAACAACGAACAAUGACACUUGUCAAUUAUUAUUAAAAUUUCAACGAAGAAAAGGUAUUUAUAUUAAUAACAUGGACACAUGGAGCCUUAGAUUAUAUUCGUGGUUAAGCGACAUAAAUUCAUCGUUUUCUUUGUUAAAAAUUCACAAAAAAAUAGUAAAUAAUUAUUCACUGCAAAGUAGCAAUUUUCCUCUCACAAUUAUUCUGCUAUGGGUUAUUUUGUAUGCGGUAUACACCAAGUGCCUUCAUCUCCUAUUUAGACGGAUGCAAUAUCCGCUGCUAGUUCGCCGAAGAAUAAUCGACGGUGUCUGGACAAUCGGCUUUGCAAUCAGCAGCAUAAUUUACCUGAAAUUACUAGUACCUGAAUCAUUAGAUUCAACUUGCCUUUCAAGAAGACCUAGAUAUUUAGAUCUAGGGUUUGUUUUACAUAAAACUUUUUACUUACACCGUGGAAUUAUUGAGAUUUUAACACACGACUCUUGGUUACAAGGAAUCAUUAAUUUAUUAUUUUGUAUUACUAUUCACAGUUCAUCUGAACAAAAAUCAUUUGAUAUUACAAUUAAAUUACUAUAUUGCAAAGCAAUUUUAUCAAUAAUUAUAAAUACUUGUCGCGUUAUUUCGAGCUUUAAAAAUAAACGCCGGGUAUUGAUUGUUAAAUUGCUGCUAAUUGCUCAUUUCACCAACUGGAUGUAUGUAAAUUAUAUAAUUAUACCAGAUUUAAAAAUAGGAAAUUCCAAAGGAUUAAAAAGCGACUGGCUAACUUUAUUUUGUUUGUGGAUUUGGUUGUUUUUAGAAUUAUUUAAUGAAAUGAGUAAUGUAAGGUUGGCGUUUAAAAAUUCAAAUCACAAAAUAGAAGCGUAUUUAUUUCCUCCGCCGACAGAAGAAAUGAUUGAGAUAAAAAAUAUCUGCAAAAAGCUCCGUGAACGAUCGGCAAAUCAAGAUUACGACCUGACAAAUGACAAAAAGAAAGCUGAACUUUGGCAAACACUUUGCUGUAAGUACACCAACAAAGCAACUAGGUGCGAUGACGCUAAAAAAAAAAGCUAAGAGAAUGCGCGAAGCCAAAAAUAAACUGGAUCUAAACCAGAGAGAAUAAAGUAUUUUUUUUUUUUACUAAAAAAUAAAUUAAAAGAAACACCAAAGCCAAUAAAGUAAUUUCUUAAGGGGUUACAUGAGUUUCACGGUUUCAAAAAAUUUUUUUAUUGUCUUAAUAAAUUCUACAACAUCUCUAAAAUAUUGUCCUAAAGUUUCAAAUCGAUCCGAUAAGUUAGUAACCAACUUUACAGUUUAAGCUUAUUUAAAAAAAAUAAAUUA